CAGGUGACGUUCCGGCGGGGGAAAACACAGCCGGUCGAGAGUAAACAAAAGUUACGUUUACCUCGUCACGUAACCUGCCUUAUAACACCUGCUGCUCGUGGAAUGACGUGUUCCUCUUGUGUGUGUGGUUUUUAGUCGUUUUGUUUGCGUUUGGAGUAAGAAUUUCUGGAGGUAAAAGCAGCCACACAAAACCAUGGCAAGUCAUAUGGCAAGAGGCAUUUCCCGGACCCUUGUCACAAUUGCCGCUGUCAAGACUCGGAGAGGAACUAGGUUUGCUGGAUAUCUUGGGGCGACCCUGUGUGCAUCGGGCGGAGUCCUGCUCUAUUCUGCCUGCUCACAAAAUGUCUCCGCCGCCCAGAAAGUCUCGUCCAUUGACACCUCGCAGUUCAUGGCCGCCCCAGUGACGGAGCUGAGCACCCUGGAGCAGAAUAAGGAGGACAUGAAAGUCAAAAUGGAGUUGCUCAUCAUGAGGAUUCAGUCAGAGUUCUGCAAAGCUCUUGAGGGAGAGGAGAGCAGUGGGACCAAGUUUGCAGUUGAUCGCUGGCGCCGACACAACCCCAGUGAAGGAGGCGGAAUAACGUGUGUCAUGCAGGACGGCGAGACCUUUGAGAAAGCAGGAGUCAACAUAACAGUGAUGUCGGCUCCUCUCUCCAAGCAACUGCAGGCAAGCAUGAGAGCGAGAGGGAAGGAGUUGCCGGAAGACAAGCAGUUCACCUUUUUCGCUGCGGGGAUCAGCUCAGUCAUCCACCCUCGCAGCCCCCAUGUCCCGACCAUCCACUUCAACUACCGGUACUUUGAGAUGCAAGACGAAGACGGCAAUAACAAGCAUUGGUGGUUUGGUGGAGGCACGGACCUCACCCCAUACUUCCUGGAGGAGGACGAUGUGCGGCAUUUCCACUCCGUCCUGAAGUCCUCCUGUGAUCGCCAUGACCCUCAGUAUUAUCCCAAGUACAAGAAAUGGUGUGAUGAUUAUUUCUUUAUCAAGUACAGGGGAGAGCGAAGGGGUGUUGGAGGUAUCUUCUUUGACGACUUGGAAGCGGAGAAACCAGAGGACAUCUUCAGCUUUGUCCAAGACUGUGCCGAAUCAGUAGUGCCAUCUUAUCUCCCACUCGUGAAGAAGCACAGACAAGACCCUGUGUCUGAGGCGGAGAGACGCUGGCAGCUGCUCCGUCGAGGCAGAUACGUGGAAUUCAAUCUCGUAUAUGACCGUGGGACCAAGUUUGGAUUUGCAACGCCCAAUGCCCGGAUCGAGAGCAUCCUGAUGUCUCUCCCCUUACAUGCUAGAUGGGAAUACAUGCACAGCCCAGAGCCCGACUCCAGAGAAGCCAAACUCACCGAAGUCUUGAAGAAUCCUAAGGACUGGGUUUAGGGUAUUGGCCCCUCUAUAAACACUUGCGUGAAUGCGCUAGGAUUAGGAUGUCAAGGAAAAUGUGACUGUGGGUUUUUUGAAAAGAUGAUUUAUAUAUCUUCUGUCAUGUUCCUAGGAAAUGCAUAGAAUGGGUAUACUGGUGUAAUAAAAUUAUUUCAUUGAUGGCUGUCUGUUUGUUUUGAGAUAUUAGGAGUGUCAUGGUAAUUUUCUAUGGAAAUUAUUAGCAUAGAAAAUGCCUGUGCAAUAGCAACUAUGAAUAGUAAUUUUCAAGAAUUUUUGUCUGCAAAUGAAGUGUCUAAAAUGAAGCAUCAUGAAAGUUGUAGACUUAUUGUUGUAUUAAAGUGUAGAUAUUUAUUUGGUUAAUUCAAUAAAAUCAAGGGAUAGUACCCACACGUCAACAACUUCUCGUAAGCCUCAGUUGUUGCGUAAUAGGAGAUAAUUCAAUAGCGCCAAGAUUGUCUAGGAAGGAUUGUAAAUACCGAGUUAUGAAGUCUCCUUAUUACUUUUAGAUAUAUAAAGAAAUUUUAAUUUAUGAUUGUAAAGCAAAGAACAAAUACUUAUUCUGUACUUAUAACUUUGCAACAUGUUACUUAAGCUUCUGUUGUUGUUGAUUGUUUUCCAGUAUUAUAAGCACAAUUUAACAAUGCACUAUGAAGUCCUCCAACUCUGCAGUACUAUAACUGGAGAUAUAUGUUUUUGCACAAAGUGACAUUCUAAUGGUAAAAUAAAGUAUGGUUGUGUUUUGCAUUAUUACAGUCUUCGUAUAUUUUCGGUAAUUUUUACAGUCUUCACCUAUUUUUGGUUAGAUUUUUGAUAGUGGUGUUUCAUAUCCAUUUGGAUUUCACUUUGAAUGAUACAAAAAAGAAAAAAAAGAAAAAAAAAAAGGAAAAGGAUACUUUGUAUCAUCAGAAGAGGAAUCCAAGUAGAUGAUAUGAAACAGCCUGAAUUAUUAUUUUUUCUUGCUGUAGCUGCAUUUCAGAGUCCUCUGUUUAUCAUGAAAUACACAAAAUCCUCUGUGUACCCCAUAUCCUUUAUUUAGCGCACAAAUCAUGUUGCAGUCCUGGAACAAUGUAAAUUAAUCAUAAUGAGAAAUUUUAUUAUUGAGUUGGAUUUCUAUCAAAGCACUGAGUGAAAGCUAAGAAAAUUGGUGAAACUGGUUGGUUAUGAUAUCUCCAGAAUUGCCUUAAACUUAUAAAAAAAAUCUAAUAGUGCUUUCAUAUGUUAAAUGUGUCUAAAUUCAGCACAGUGGCUGUGAUUUUGAACAUUAACCAUGACAGGGAACAAUGUAUGUGGAUAUUGUAAGAUAUUAAGUGUCAUUUUGUUUAUUCAGUAUAUAAAAUGAAUAAGGAAAAUAUUUAGAACAAGUCUCUCUCUCUCUCUCUGCAUGGUUUUUAGGAUAAAAUAGAGAUUAUUAUGAUUAUAAUGAUAAUAAAAAUGAUAAUAAUUAUUGUUAUUGGGUAUGUAUUGGGAAAGUAUAAAUAAUAACUGGUGUGUAUAUAUGAAUCAGUGUUUUUUUUUUCUUUCUUUUUGAAUGAUUAUUUGAAUAUGGAUAAAAUUAUCUUGGAAUAUAACUUGACUAUUAAAUGUUCCAAGUUGCUGUUAUCUUUUUUUUUUUUUUUGCAUGUGGUUUAAAAAUCAACAAGAAUAUUAUAAACUUGAUUCUACUUAUCCCAAUGAGAGAAGUUGCUUUUAGCCUUUUGUAAAAGCAAAGAUUCAGAACCUAAUUUUGAAUAAGUAAAUUGUAGGAGAGGAUGGACCUUGUACAAAGAACAAAUUUAAUAGCCAUUGUACAACAGUUUUAUAGAAGAAGAUCCAGGUGAUAGCCGAAGUUUAAAACUUACUAAAAGAAGUUGGUGUAUGUUAUGUAGCUUUCUCUCCAGAUGCACAAAGUACUUCAAAUGCAAUUUUAAAAGUCCUUUUCUCGAUUCUCAUUUGAUUGAUAAUGAUUAUUUUUAUGGUGUUUUUAAUAGUGAAAUAUACUAGCAAUUUAA